GUGGAGAGUUGAGGGCACACCCAUUUUUUUUAGUUCUCAAGAAAUCCAUCAUUAAUCGCUUAAUCGCAGUUCCUUGUGCAUAACAAUAUUAUUAUCGUUGUGAAUAAUUUAAUAUGAUUUCGUUCCAUUUUACACUUAUCGCCCCCAUCAUCCUCUUUUCACUGGCUUUCCUUCUACUCUACAUUUUCCCGGAAAGUUUCAAAUUUUCCCGGAAAACUCCCUGAUUGAACUGAAAUCCUGUUUCCCUUGUCCUGAAACAAGAAACCCACUUCAGAAUUCUCGCAAAAUACAUACAACAGUAAACUUUGAUGGGGCAAGGGCAAUCCAAAAGCGAGCUUCUCUACCAGCAAGUCAGCUAUGGCAACACGGAAGGAAUCAAAGCCCUUCUAAGAGAAGGUGCAGGGCUGGAGUGGAUGGACAGAGAAGGAAAGACACCCUUGAUUGUUGCUUGUAUGGAUCCUGAGCAUUAUGAUGUUGCUAGAACUUUGAUUGAACUUGGAGCCAAUAUCAAUGCAUAUCGUCCGGGUUGUCAUGGUGGGACUCCUUUGCAUCAUGCAGCUAAAAGGGGCCUUGAAAGUAUUGUUAAGUUACUUCUUUCGCAUGGAGCCAAUCCUUUGGUCAUGAAUGAUGAUUGCCAAACUGCUCUAGACAUUGCUAGGGCCAAAGGGCACAGCAAAGUUGUUCGUACAAUUGAGAGUCAUCUAUGUUUGUUCUCGGGUUGGCUAUGGGAAUUUCAUGGACCUGGAUUCCUAGAAGUAAUAGCUCCUCAGUUGGUUUCCAGAAAAGUUUGGGUGGUUGUUUUACCGGUUGGCUCCCGUAAUCUUGCGAGACCUUACAAGCUGGAGCUUGCCAUCUAUUCUAGUUUGCAGGAUGCUCAACCACAAAAAAUUAUUUCUCUGUGGGAGGCCAAUUUAGAAGAACCAAAGCUACAUUUGUCUCCUCCUUCAGUGUUUGUUGUUGAUAACACUACUGAAACACGCAUUAAACUUGGACCUGCAAGUGAGAACAACAUGCAACAACUUAAGUGGUUUUCUGAUGCUUGCAAAGGAAUUCCACGGGAAAAUCCAGCAUUUUUGCAUAAUAACGUGGCUACAGUUACCCCUACAACACCACCAGCUGCAGAAAAUCCAGAGAUGGCUAUAGCUAUCAAUGCAUCCAUUCAUUCUGCCAUUCAGGAGAGGCCACCCCUUCUUGAAACCCAUCCAAACUUUGAAGCAAGCUCUUCAAGUGGUGGAGUGAAAACAAGCAAGCUUGGUUUGCUGGUUACAUAUCCAAAUACAAGUAGUAGUGAGUUUGUACAUGAGCUUGUUCAAAGGCAUGAAAAUGUCUCUGUUGCCCAUACUUGUAGUGGUCUUGAUUUCAUUCCAUCAGCUCCUCCACUUGCUGAUGAUAUUCCAGUAGUAGAUGGCCCCAUUCAUUAUCCAUCCAUUGAUUUUAGCCCUGUUGAUAUUUCAUCUCCAUUUGUGGAGAAGUUACCCAAAGAAGAAGAAAAAAAUUCUGUUGGAAGUGGUUCUUCUUGUGUGAUAUGUUUGGAUGCUCCAGCAGAGGGAGCAUGCAUACCUUGUGGUCAUGUUGCUGGAUGCAUGUCUUGCUUGAAGGAGGUUAAAGCAAAGAGAUGGGGUUGCCCUGUAUGUCGGGCCAAAUUAGACCAGGUUAUAAAGCUGUAUCAUGUUUGAGAUUUUGACCACAAUGUUGACGAGGUGGCAAUAUUGUGCUAAGAGAUUGGCAAUAUUUAUUAGGAGAUUACUAGAAGAAUGGGGACGACAAGGAUCAAAUACUGUACCACUUGGCCAUAUUUGCUUUGAUGCAAUGUCAAGAACUAAAUCAACAUGAAAGUUUAAUUCAUUGAUGA